AUGAAGUCCAAGUAUGCAAAUCUGUAUAUUAGUGGUGCGGCGGACCCUGAAGGAGACUACCAGCUUGAUGUUGAUGUCUCAGGGCUGAUUUUCUCCCAUCACCCACUUUUCAGUCGUGAGGAUGUCUUGGGAUUCCGUCUCACUCAGCUGUAUGAUCAGUACCUCACCAGGCAACACAAUAAUCUUACAGGACACUUGACAGACAAGGUAAAAUUCACCUGCAGAAGGUCUCUCAGUGAGAGAGCUGUCAUUAUAACUGUAAAAACUCCUCUCUAAACACAGUUAAAAAUAUAUUUGAGGCAAAGAUUAAACUCUUUGUAAAAUAUCCGGUCUGCUGUGUGUUUUCAGCUGCAUGGAUUGAGGAGUGCAUUGCGAAAUAUGCAGAGCUACUAUGGCGGACAGAGCUUCAGCCAGGCCAUGCAGCAGAGGAUAUCUGAGUAUAGCUUAGAGGUUAGGUGAGUGACUUCAAUCUGUUCUGUCGUAUUCUUGUGAGAAUGAUAAUCGCUGCCUUUAGCAGAAAGACAAGCUGUACUUUUUUCCCCUUAAAUUUCGCAGGAACACUCGGCAGCUGCGGGACAGUGAGCAGGAGAAAGACCGGACUCUGCUGAAGAACAUUGUUAAAGUGUGGAAGGAGAUAAAAGCCUUGAGGGACUUUCAGAAGUACACAAACACUCCUUACAAGCUCUUCCUCAGGAGGUGAGUCUGUUUGUGUAGCCAGAAUCUGCAGUAGUACUUAAACUUUUGCUGCUCUCUAGAGCUUCAGAGUGGAAUCAUUUUUAUUUCAGAAAGCCAAUUUUUACAAUUCAUGAAGUUUCAAUACCCAGGAGGCAAAAAAAAAAAAAACAGUUCUAGCCUCUUUGGGGGGAAAUAUGUACAAAUGAAAGUAUUCUCACAAAAAGGGGCUUGUUUUAGUCACUGACAAGCUUUAAUAAUUGUUUAAGACCCCAUAACAACAGUAUUUAGAGCUGUUUACAGCAAGGCCUAGCUGUUUGUUUCAGCGUUUGCAAAAAAUGUUUACAAAUGCAGCCUCUGCAGAGGAUUUGUGUUCUACAAUGGAGGAUGGUGGCUUCAAUGGGGGCAUUUGAUAAAUGUGUCUUUGGUGUAAAAAUGUUUGGCUACUUCAAAAUGCAGAGGUGAAAGAACACUUUUGCAAACAACAGCAGAGCAGUUGGUGUGUCCAGGUUUAACAUUCGACAUCUCGACUCUGCAACACCAAACCUUAGCCACACUAGCAGAGAAGGAAGUGGAAUUAUUCAGUAGUAGUGGUCGAGGUUUUUGCUUACCAGUGACGAUCAAUGCAGAUGCUUUUUUGCUUCCACAUUCUGAUGGCUGUUAGACCGGAGGUACUCUAAAGUUUAUAUGUUUAGGCAAGGAAAAUGCUUUUUGUUUAUUAUGUGGUCCCUAUGAAACUGCCUGAAACCAUUACAAACAUGAUCCCUACGGAGGCAGACCUUUGUUAUAAAUAUAUUUUGUGACAGAACACAGGAGAUGCGGUUCUACUUCUGCCAUGACUGGUUAGUUUAUCAAAUAAGGCAGCAGUAAUUGUUAAAGAGAGGAUUUGUGUCAAUGGAGGAUGGUGGCUUCAAUGGGGGCAUUUGAUAAAUGUUUUUGGUGUAAAAAUGUUUUACUUAAAAUGAAAAAUGUUUCUUGGAAGCAAUGAAAUGCUAAACGCAGAGAGAAGCUUUUAAAAAGUUUACAGGCAUAUUCUCACCCCUGUCAUGCAGGAGUAGAUUUUUUCAGCUUGAUUUCACUACUCCUUCUUAGCUUUCCUGAAAAUAUGUGCAUUUUCAACUUAAUCCUCUUAACAGUUUGUGGAAUCUUUGACAUUUAUGCGCUUUUAUUUAACCUUGUUCCAGAGUGAACGUGGAUCCGGCAACAGAUGAGCGAGAGUAUGAAGAUGAAAUCUUGGCAGAAAUCAUGGAACUGGAAUCAGAGAGUGGAGAGGACUAUCAGAGAAAACUGGCAGAGUACAUGAGACAGCUGGAGGAGUGGAAACUCUGGAGAGGGAAACAGGUACCUACCACAGCUGGACUAAUAAAUCUACCCGACUGAUGUUAUCUCAGGGCAGAUAUCAGCAGCAUAGAUCCGGGCACAGUCUCAAUAAAGACAUACAAAAGCUGAAACAGCAUCUGUACCAAGUAUUUUUUUACAUUCAUCCUUAAAAGUUUUGCUAAUAUAGUAAAUGAUCGAUAUAAUAUUUUCAGACCUGUAUCAUGAAGAGGCUUCUUUGUUAUGUGCAUUACUGUACAAGAAAAGUCUUCAUGAGAAAUUGAUCUUUCAAAUAUUUGUGUUUAUAGUAAUAAAUUACAGGAAUGAGCUUCAAACUUUGUUUUGAAAGCAUGUCUCUACACUCACAUCCUACCUUUACUGUUUUCAGAAAGCAAAAAAGAAGAAGAAAAAAAGGAAGAAGAAAGGACAGUCACAGGACAACACAGAAGAAGAAGAAGAUGAGGACCAGGAUGUGAGUGAGUCAGAAGGACCCGCUGAAGAUGGACCCUCAAAACCAGAGCCUCCAGAGGAGCCGGAUUUUGACUCCAUAGAGUCGCAAGUCAGAGAGAAAGCCUCCAGGAUGCGAAGGAAACCAGGAGAGCCCAUCCUGAUCCCUGUGCUGUCUGCUCAUGGAAACAUCACUGCCACUGAACUCUGUCCCAGGUAAGCGCAACAUCAGGAGAAAUGGUUCUUAUAAAUAAAUAAAUAAAAACAAGCAAGUGUCCUCUUCCUCUUCAGUUUUAAUCAGACUUUUGUAACAUAGAGGAAAUUAAUUUGAGGAGUCAAUUCCAACACCCAGUGGUAAUCCUGCUUGUGAUAACUGCCUGCACUCUUACUUUGGUACUCUGGAUGUUUGUUUUCAUCGUGUUUGUUUUCCCCUUGUUGCAGGGCUGAAAUAGCUCGCAGAGAGGAUGUAUCAAAGUGUUCUCUUUUCAUCAAGAUCCUGUACAAUGACAAAGAAGUUUCCAGAACGGACAGCCGCUCCCUCAACUCUGAUUUCAGAGUGCACUUUGGCCAGAUUUUCAAUCUGAAAAUAGUUAACUACCCCCAAAGCAUCAAUUUGCAGGUAGAGUACAGACAUAUUUAUAGUUCUGCCAGUUUAUCCAAACCUCGGUUCUGCUCAACAGAUUUCCACUCUCUCGUUUUCACGGUGUGUGUGCAUGAGUAGGUGUUUGAAGCGACUGGCUUUUCGUCUUCUCUCCUGGCUCAAGUGUUCAUCCCAGUGCCUGAACCCACAGUGCUGACAGGCAGCGUUCCUGUCGAAGAAUUUGAAUUUAGCAGCAACCAGAGAGUGAUGUUUGACCAUGAGGGAGUAGGAAGUGGUAAACACCUUUAUUGUACAUCAGCUCAUAUCUGAAACACUCCAAUAAACUAUGAAUGAAUGCAAGACUAAAAUGAUAAUUUUAUUAUGACUAAAGUUUGUUUGGUUCGUCUUCUUAUCUCCACAGAUGUACCGCUCUCCUUCGACGCUGAUGGCGGUAACAGACAGACCCUACUGACCUCUGGGAAGCUGGCCUGCUCUGUUUCAUGGGGGAUCGGAGAGGACGAUGUCCCACUCGCUCCUCCUUUGCUUCAACAACCUGGGACCAAACACAGGUAAUAAUGUCACGCCUGUUUGUGUCCAUGAACUACACAUCCUGUGUGAUUUACAUGUCUGCCAACCACUUCCACAGCACAGCACAGGUGUUGAUAUAUGAAUGCAUUUUCCUGCCUUGCAGGCAUCCUGUGUUGUAGGUGUAUGUUAUAGACAGCCUUGGCACCUUGCACAGACAUGACAUUAACGAAAGGCUGUCAAUCAAUAAAAGUUCUUCCUUACUUUAUAUGUCAGGGGUUUUGUAGUUGAUUUACUUCCUGCAGAAGAUUUUUAUUGAUGCUUUCCGCAGCUCUGUAGAAAUGGAAAUGCAGAGCUGCAAAGAAUAAAAGAAAGAGCGUGUGCAUGGUUAAGCAAGCUCCCUGAAUGAAUUCCCUGCAGAUACUUGAGGGUAAUAAGACUCACUGUCUUUUCCAUGAGUUUCACAGAAGAUGAACUCCAAAGAGCUGAUAAACAUAACCACACCUCAGCACAAACAUGUAGAAAUGAGCUGGAUUAUGUGUAACUAUAACUGUGUUUCAUCCUACAGACUCUGUGUCUAUCUGUAUUGCCUCUGUCACACUUGCAGGUCUUCUACUGUUAUUAUUCUCAGGUCUACAUAUAAAACUCUUUAUUAAGUCAUUUUGGUAUCUCCUACAGACGCUUAUGUUAUAUUUGCAUUUGUUGGAGAUUGACAGAGUGCAGAAGAGAGAGAGAUAAACAGAACCCUGCACUCAUCAUACAGACACAGGGCAGGACUGAGAGAGGAUAUCUUAAUGUGUUUGGGAAGAUAACUUUUAUUCAGGCUUUUUUCUCACACUCAUGUUAGGUAACUUCCUCUGUGCCCAUAUUGUGUGCACGAUGGAAAUUAACAGCUUCAUCUUUUAAAGCCCAAGAGUUUGUUUUUGUUUCCCUGGUAUCAAAACAGGUAUGGCUAUUUUUACUAGAGCGGCACUGAAAUUCAAAAUUCUGUUACCUUAAUAACCAAGGUUCUAAAUUAAGAAUAACUAUAUUGAACUUUAUUCAUACCCGAAGGGAAAUUCAGUUCACAAUAAAAAAAAAACAAUUGAAAAUGAACACUUGUACAACCAAAUGCAGGUGGAUGUUCUAGAUGGAGGGUAGAUCUCAGGCAGCCAUGAUGAGAAAUGUGGAGGGUAAAUUUAUGACCCACAAAAGUAGGGUUAUAAAAAGUGAAAAUAAAAAUCAUGCUGGGUUUGUCACCACAUUUUGGAGUAUGUAAAACUUCUGUCUGCUGUUGCUCUGCUGUCUGCAUGCUGGGCUGACAUAUGCAAACAUGCAUGUGACUGUACACUGUUACAGGUGUACAGGUUUGUGUGUUCUUUCAAGUAUAGGGGAAUUCACAAUAAUUACUCAGCCACAAAAAUCAACAAUGACAUUCAUCAUUUUAGAAAAAGAAAGUUGUGGCUGAUUAGUUUAUCUGUUAAAAUUCAAAGCGUUGAGUAUUACAGGAUUAGUUUAGGAGCUCUUAGUAAACCUUAAGUUUACAAAGACUUCAAACUCCUGUGAUUUUCUAGUGUGGCCUUCUAAAUUUAUAUCAACACAGAAGCUUAUUAUCUCAAUACAAUGACUGGCUAGUUGAAUUCUUUAUGCUGCUCAAAAUUGAUCACCUGUUGUUGUGUUUUCAGUGGUCUUGGCCGUUUUGAUGCUGUCACAUGUAUCGGAGCCUCUGGACUCUAUGACAUGAAGAAAAUUGGCGAGUGGGCCACACAGUCACGUUUGGACCCCAAUGAUCCGAAAAAUGCCUCCAUCAUGCAGCUGCUAAAGGUGUGUAUCAGAGUGUUGGACUCAGUAUGAGCAAGAGGGCUCAAUCAUCAAGGAGAUAUUUCAAUUUAUAAAUGCGGGGUUGUUUCUUUGUGUUUGUCGUUCACCAGGUAGCCAGCAGUGGGGAGGUUACAGCUCCUGAAUAUUUCCGCCUCGAACAGGAAGAGUUUAACUUUGUGACCGAUGAGGAGCUGGAGAGCUCCAAAAGAUUUCGUCUCCUCAGGCUGAGAAAUCAGGGAGUUGCAGAGUUUAGAAAUUACAAGUUUGUUCCUGCGGUGGAGAGCGAGGUCACUGAUAAGGUGUUCCAGGUCAGCCCUCCAGAUAUUUACUAAACUGAAGAAUAUUUCAGAUAAGGUAGAAUUAUUUAAAUUCCUCAGUGUAAAGUUAAUUUAUUUUUCUCUUUUAGGAUUAUGAGAAGAGGCUGAAAGAAGAAGAUAUUAUUGACACUAAAGAACAUUUGGAUUCACACCGAGCCUUAGCGGCCAAAUACCUCCACAAGGUUAGCGACUAUCUUUGUACCACCCCAGUCUUUAGCAAGGAAGUGUUGGCAUUCAAAGUGGCAUUACUUUUUAUUUACUGUCUUUAUUUACCUUUUUGUUGACAUUUCACCAAGAUGAGUGUGGAUUACAAGCGAUGUAGCUGCACAUACCCUGUCAUCACAUCGCAGUUGUUUCUUCUCAACCAUAAGACUGCUGUGCCUGACUGUGAAACUCUAAUUUGACAUUUCAAACUCCGAUCUUUCCCUGAACUUGACCGUAUGCUGUCUCACUGCAUGAACAAGAUUGCCGUAGUCUACUCAGGUUGGGACAGCAACACUUUUUGGUUUGGCAAAACGUCUUAUUCUCUACAUUGAUAUUGAGGCUCUGGCUUUGAGGGUCCAGCUUCAGCGGUCAGGACAGUUUCUUCUUUUUUUUGGUUUAUUCUUCACCCAGAUUGAGAAAUAUAGGAUAUUGAAUAUUGUACAGGUGGGAAAGUCUCUUUGAAGAAACUGAUUCAUGAUCGUGGGCGGUAUGAUUAAUUCUGACUUGACUUUGUCUCUCGCAGAUCCGUGAAUCAGUCAUUAACAGAUUUCUUCUCGCCAAGCAUCACUACAUCCUGUCUGAUGUGGUGAUAGAGGAGGAGAUACCAAGCAUUGGGUAAACACUCCUCCUGACAUUAUAAACGGAUUAAACUUCUUUCUCACUCCUUUUUUUCACAACUCAUAUUCUUCCAUGUUUGUGUAAAAUAUUUCUUUCCUGCCAACAAACUGUGACUUCCAGUGUUGAUUUGUCUCACAAUUGAUCUAACCCUUAUCCACCAGUCCUGAAGUAAUGAAAAAUUACACAGAGAGCCUGAACUCCCCUCUGCGGUUAUAAAGGAAAGGUUAGAUAACUUGAAUCGAUUUAAACCGGAGGAUCAGGGGCCAAACCAACUCAUUCUUAGGAGUGACAGGCUGAUAUAAAUCACAGGCUGAUGUAAGUCGGUUUCCUGGCCUGAUGCUGCUUCGGCUUAUUUGAUCUUAAACCCAGAGUUCCCCUGGCUGAUAAAUACUCCACUCUGGAAACCAUCAAAGUGCUGUUAUCAUGUCUCACAACAUGUGCACAUGAUAACAGAGAGUAAAUCCCUGAUUGCAUAUGUGCAGAUUUAUGCCGAUACGUUACAUCAGUGACAGUCAGGCUGGUGGGUGUUACUCUGCAUGAUUUCUUCAUCUGUCAGUGUGAAUGUUUUAUCUUCUCUGUUCUUUGUGUCUGUUAUUCUUCUGCUUUUCAUUUCAAACAGUGGUGCUGGUCCGGGGUAUGUGCUCACACUUUAUCUCCUCUUCUUCUCCUUCCCUCUGUGUCUCUGAGUCCCUGUUUAGUUUGGACCCUGAGUACCAGUACAGUAGAGACCAUAGAACCUGUGUAGUAUACAGUCCUUCCAGGAUUUGCUCAUAAACUGUAAUUUCAUCAUCAUAUUGAUAAAUUUCAUUCUUCUGUUGUCACUACGUAGCUGCAGUUGGAGAAAGGUUAUACUUAUACAAAUGUACAUAACUGGCACAUUUUACAGGCAAAUAGACACAAGGUUGUGACCACAUUGCAAAGUGAGUGUUGUUGAAUGGUUGUAAAUCUGUGUCGGGGCUUUACAAUAUUUAUAGAUUUCAGGAUAAGAACAAGGUUAUUUGUUAGUUUAUUGUUAUCAAUACUCCCCAAAAGGUUGUCAUUUCAAAAUAUUGAUCACUGGAGACACUCAUCUUUGCAGUGCAGACUGAAGCAAAUAUUUCUUUUAACCCAAACCAGUACAAUUUCUUAAACUAGCCCUUCUCCGGCACUGAUAAUUUAUUUCACCUUUUUUUCGUAGACCAACAGAUUUCACUGACACGUCAAUCUUUUAAUGCACAAUCAUCUAAAGUAUGACUAUAUUCACUUUCUGCUAGAGGUCACCCUGAUUAUUGAUCUGGCUGAUUAUCAGGGUAGAUCAUUUGUACUGGCAUUUUUUAUGCGUUUGUUUAUCUCAUAUAUCUUCUUGAUUCAGCAAUUUGAUUUAAAAUUAGAGUCAACUGAUACAUUUAUGUCCUAAUACAAUUUAAGUAUUUGGUAGUAUAAAAUCAAAGCAAAUGAGUCCCGCCUUUAUCAUCUGCAACAUUUCAGAGAUGAACACAUUUAUUUGUCCCUAGUUAAAAUUCAGGGGACAGUAUAAUACUCUUAAAUGCAAUUUUACGUUUGUCUCAUAAAGAAUACUUUACUUGUCAUCUUGAUUAUAUUUAAAUAAGUAAAAUUUUGAAUGCAACACCUUUUACCUGCAUCAGCAUUUUUCUACACUGUGAGUUUGCUUCCUCUACCCUCGGGGAAAAAAUCUGAGCUGUCACAUUACAGGUUAAUGCCUACAUGAACAGUCAAAAGCGCACAGCUUCAAGAGAUAAAAAAAUGAUUAUUAGCGCUGUUGUACAUGUUAAUCUUUGGUUAUUAUUUUAUUUUUCAUGUUCAUUCGUUUGCUAUGCAUCAAGUAAAACACAAAAAAACACGUGGAAUAAUCUGUGAUAAGACAAAGAAGCGUGAGAAGGACAUCACAGAUCAGCUUCCUAAAGCUUUUGGCAGUGGGUCCAAACAUGUAGCAAAUAACUAGUUUAACACAUCACACAAAAUUACAAAAGACAACAAAUGAGAUGACAAUAAACACAAUCGUUGCGUAAGACUAUAUCUGUUCACUUGUGUAGAUUUCAUAAAUCACAAAGAUCAUCCUGGUCAGAAAGUAUUGUUAGAUCAGCAGUGUCAAGACGAUAAUCACGCUUCAAUUGUGGUGCCACAUGUCAAAACUGUUUUUAAGGCCUAAUUGUAUUGUUAGUUGCAUCUAAAUUUUUCUCAUAUAUUGAGAAAUAAUUUAUUUCUCAUAUUUCUAAAGUUAACCCUAGUUCCCGUUGUGCCAUAAAAAGCCAUGAAAACCAAAAUAUUGUAGUUAAAUCAAUAAUUUGAUUGUUAAUGUGCAGUUACCUGGGGGGACUGAGAACUAUUGGUGAUAACAAUCCUCUCCCACAUGAUCAGAACUGUUUUUAAUCCCUCGUUAAAUAACUAGAGUUCAGUAUUUGUUGUCUAUUUAAAUAAACAGUGUGCAGUUUGUCAUAGUAAUCUUUGUGCUUUGUGUUGUCCAAAUCAGGAUCCUGGGACGGAACCUCUUUAAACUGGCUGAACCCAAACGUCCUCUCAAGCCUCAGAGGAAAGAAAGAAAGAAAGUGACAGCUCAGAAACUGUCUGACGGGGACAUCAAGCUGCUGAUCAACAUCCUGCGGGCAUACGACAUCCCCGUCCGCAGGCCACAGAACAAGUGAGUGUUGGCUUAGUCCAGACAAACUCAAAUCAAAAUCUUCACUCGUCAUCAGAAACAAGUAAUCUGCAUGAUUUCAGGUAUCUGACUGAAUGUAAUUUUUGUUUUCUUUUUAUUUCAGUCCUUUUAUUUCUGUCAUCCAGGGCAGUGAUUGGCUUAACCAGGUAUCUACUCGAUCAUCAUCAGCAUGUGAUCUUUGUUAUUUUUGACAUUCAUUAACAUGUGAAAAUAUGAGUGAGGUUUUGACAGCCUUCUUGUUGUUAUUAGAUCAUUAAAACUGAAUUUAUAUCAGCAUUUAUGUCCUCGUUUUUUGCCCCAAGCUAAAAGUAUUCUUUAGAUCAUCAGUUAAAGUUUAUUUAUUUGUCAUUAUUUCAAAAUGUGGUGCAAGAAAGUUUAAAUGAAAAAGAAACUAGUAUGAAAACAGAAAUGUGUGAGUACUGUUUUCCAAGUUAAUUUCCAAAGGAAAGAAAUAAAGAAAUAUGUCUUUGUUUAUUGUUCUGUGUACGUUUGUUUCUGCUUUGAUUUAGGUUCAAGUGAGACCCUUUGUGGAGGUUUCCUUUCAGCGCACAGUCCUUCAAACGACCACAGCAGACGGACCAAACCCCUGCUGGAACGAGGAGCUGCAGCUGCCCUUCAGGUGACAGCUGAGUAUCUAACAGACAUGUAAUAUUGCAUUUGCUGUCAUCUUCAGUUACCUGACCAAAGUCUAAGGUUGUACAGCUACUUGCUGCUUCCUCCAAAUGAGCUAUAUUUACUUCCAUCUACAAAAAUGAGACUCUUUUCCAACCCUAGUUAGGGGAUGGAGUGAUCACAGCUCGGCACCAUGAUUGAGUUUGAUGAAUGUAAUUAUCUUUUAAUGCACUUGGACUGAACAAGUCUCAAAAGCUUAUCACACAGAAGAAAUAAUCUUGACAACACCCAGCCAGUGCUGCACUCUACAGCAUUUCCAGUCAUCUUCUCCAGUCAGUUUCAUUAAAUUUUUUUCAUUAAAUUUUCUGCUCUUAGUAUUUUAGUCAUCAAACAGACAGGUUUAGAAGAGAAACAAACUGAUGAAGCAGACAGCAGCUUGGCUUUCAGCCCAAAGAAAGUUGUUACGGCUGUAUGUUUGUAUGUGUUUUCCUCUUUUGUCCUCCCUAGCUCUGCCCAGGUGGAGUCACUGAGUGGCAGUCAGCCUAACCUUGUCCUGAGGGUUUAAAACCCAGGAGCGGUUUUCAGAGGGGAGAGGCUUUUGAUGGGGACUGCUGCCUCUCACUUGUGUUUUUGUUCUAGUUGAAUUCUAAAUUUGUUCUUCAGUAAAAUUUUCACAAUUAUUUAAUUUGUCUUUUGGUAAUAAUAAAUCACAUAAUAAAUCUUUGAAGGUGUUUUGUUACUUUUAAUGGGCCAAUGUGAGGAUAGUUGUUAGCCCCACAGGGCCGCCUUAGGUCGGGGGUUAACAGAGUCAGGAGACAGUGUGUUAUCUUGUGUUUAUAUUGUUUGUAUUCACCCUGUUGAUCAGUUUUAAAAAGAAAAAUUAUUCUUUUCAGUUUUAGACUCCCAAAAGUUAAAAAACAAAGGACGCCCUAACUGAAAAAUCUUAGUAUUAAAAGAAGUAAUACUCAGUAGUAAUAUAAGCAUGUUUAAAAAUAAGCUUUAUAAAAAUUAUUAUAAAAUUAUAAAAAUUAUAAAAAUAGUUGUUCUGACAAACCAUCAAAUAAAAAACUGAAAAAAAGAAAAAAAAACAUAUCAGCAUGGCUAGACAGAACAAGACAACAUAAAGUUAAAGUCAAUAUGAAGAGAAACAUGCAUAAGAUAAAAGUUGUAAAAGAGAAAGGCAGCAGUGAGGUCCCAGAGCAAAAAAAGGGUAAAAAAGAAAAAAAAGAAAAGAAUCAAAGAGAAAGAAAUAAAAUCAACAAAGGAAAAUGUACAAAAAUAUCUUUAAAUAACAAUCUUAAAACAUCAUCCUAAAACCACUGUGAGGUUAUGAAACAAACUUUAACUAAUCUUGACACCUUUUUUUGGGCUUUAAAGCAAACAGGACUAUUUACAACAAAAGUGCGUCUUUUUUUCUGUAUCUCUUAUUGUUUUAAUGUGUCUGAAUUGACUCUUUCACAGUAUUAUAGAAUUGGGUGACAAAUAGAAAAACUUGAGAUCACAUUUAUCUAUAGUCUCUCCUUACAUUAGGAGCUAAAUUAGCUAAUGUUUCCCUCCACAGUGCUCCGAAUGGUGACUACAGCGCUGCCAGCCUGCAGUCAGUCAAAGAUGAAGUUUUUAUCAACAUAUUUGAUGAAGUCGUUUUUGAGACUGGGGUGGUGAGUGGCACAGUGUCUUUUACUCUAACUUUGUUAUAUCGAGUGUUUCGGAUUGUUCCCUGUGUCAUGUUGAAACUCUCUGUGCUCCUCAGACUGACAAAGACAAAGGGAAAACUAUACACACUCGUGUGGAGAAGCACUGGCUGGGCUCUGUGAAGAUUCCCUUCAGCACCAUUUACUCUCAGUCCAGGGUGAGACUGUGUGAAGAUGUGUUUUAUUGGCUGACUGCCUGAACUGCUGACUGAGUUUUUAUUUUUAUUCCCACAACUCAGAUUGAUGGGACCUUCAAGGUGAACACUCCUGCCGUACUGCUCGGGUACAGCAAAGAGCGGAGUCACAACACCAACAGCGGUUAUGAUAUUUUACGGAAUCUGAGCGAGGGAACGUUCAUCACACUCUUCAUCACCAUCGAACCACAGCUGGUACCUGGAGAAUCCAUCAGGGAGAAGGUUAGUCCUGUCUGUAAUCCUGUUUAGUGCUGAGCCUGCUGCUCUCUCUGUUAGUCCAUCCAUGUUUGUUGUUAUAUCAGUUUGACCAUUAGCAUGGCUUUGAAUUCUGUUCAUUUCAUGUCAUGAAGAUUUUUAAUCUUGCUGAGUAUUUGUCUCACUUAAAAUGAGCCUUACCUCCCUGUCAGGCUUAGCUGUAACAUCUUAUUCCAGGCUUAAAAGAAGUACUGAAGUGGUUGUUCUGCAGCAGGUCAAACUUUCUCAUAAAGUUUCUAAAAAUAAGUACUGCGUUGUGUUACAGUUCGUGAAAAAACUUCCAGAAAGUUUUGCUUGGGGCAUUUUCAGCCAUUUCUACCCAAACAAUUACAGAAGCCAAGAACGGCCAUGGAUUUUUCUUUUUUGUAUGCACUGUUAUCUCGUGUUGACGACUUGUUAUCUCGAUAAAACAAAGUUCAUUUUCUCGUGAUAACAUGAAUGAUGUUUAAGCCAACCUCAACAGUAUCUUUCCACAGUAAACAAUCAAUAAUGCAUGUAUUUUUUAUCAUUUUAGAAUAAGAUGUUACAUCUGGGCUUGCUUAAAUGAGGCUCAUUUUGAGUGCAGACGCUUAUCUCGUUGCUGGUUUUGUCUCCUUCUUGUGGAUGUGGUUUUAAUUGGUGUUAAAAUUCAUCACUCAACAUGAAGAUUUGUUUUAUCAACAAUAACAAAGGCUCAUAGCAGUUACAGCCAUCAGAAAUUACAAUGCAGAAAUUUCCACUCGUCAAUGAUGAUCUCAUUUACUUUUACACGUUGUAAAGAUGCAUUACUGUUCAUUUCAGUCAGUUUUAUAACCUGUCAAAAACUCCACAGGAGUUUUGAUGUGAUGUUUAUGCAGCAGCUGCUGCCACAGAGUUGGUGUCUGCAAACAUUCACACGAUUGAUGGAUUUGAGUGUUUAGAGUUUUUGUUCAAAAAACAUCUUUACACGUGCACAGGACCAGAUCAGCAAAAAAAAUAUUAUCUUUUUGUCCACGGGUGGCGCCAAAAUCACCACAAACCAAAAGUUUUCAAAUGAGCUUCUCAGUUAUGACAGUCUUUUCACUUCUUAGUUGCUUGUAUUGACCUGCCUGCAUUAACAAGUUCUUGUGUUUUUUAUUCUUUUGUGUCACUUACUCGCUUUUGCUCUUCUGCAUGUGCUAGAUAAAGGAAAUGAAGGUAACCCUGCAUCAAACACUCCUCUGUUUUUGUUUCUCCAUCCAUGACUCCACCAUUUUUUACUCAUUCUGAGUUAUUUGAUAAUAACUGUCAGGUUUCCCUCUCCUCUAACCUUUGACCUUUCUGAUGCAGUUCGACAGUCAGGAGGACGAGCGUCUGCUGCAGGCUUCAGAGCAGUUUGAGAGGGAGGCAGUGCAGGGUUACCCGGACCGUCCCUGCAUCACCACUAUCAUAGACCUCAACGGGAAGACGGUCUUCAUCACACGCUACAUAAGACCGCUCAACCCCCCUCAGGAGCUGCUAGAUGAAUUCCCCAAUAACCCCCAGGAGGCCACGGUCAGCUUUCCUUUCUCUCUAGAAGUAAUGAAUUGUUUUUCUAGUUUACUGGACUUCUCUGCACUGACUCUUUGGCUCCUCAGGCUCUGGUGGCUCGGUUUGUCUCUCUCAUCCCCUCUCUGCCGGACAGAGUCUCAUUCUCUGGCGUGUGUGACCUGUGGAGCACUUGUGAUGUAAGUUAAUGUUCUCUGAUUACUGUCGCCGUAAGAGGAUGGAAACACCCCUCUUGCAUAGCCUUGUAUUUCCUCUUCUUGUUUUUAGCAAUUCCUCACCCUCCUGGCCGGAGACGAAGGAGAACAUGCUGUUCUGUUGUGCAACUACUUCCUGUCUAUGGGCAAGAAGUCCUGGCUGAUAAUCGGCACCGCCAUACCAGAGGUUUGUAUCAAGCAUUUUUAAACCAAAGAGGAUUUCUGAAAAUUAGGUGUUUUCACAUAGUUGUUAUCAUUAUCACCUGAAGAUUUUUAUCAUUGUUCUUGAGAAAAAACAAGGCCCAGUGCCUCUGAACUGACCGCAGCUUUUAAAGUCAUUCUCCAGCUUUUAUAUUUGGGAGUCUCUCCACAGAUACUCCAUGAUUUUUGAUGUCUUUGUGUUCAGGGCCCCACAGCGUAUGUCCUGACAUACGAGCAGAGCCGCUACCUGAUCUGGAAUCCGAGCAGCGGUCAGUUUUAUGGACAGUAUGACACCUUCUGCCCGCUGCACAAAAUUGGCUGCCUCAUCAAUGCUGACAAUGUAAGAGAAAAACAUUUUUUAAAACCUUUCCCUAGAUGGUUUUCCGAGAGGAUUUUGGAAUUUUUCUUUGAAUUCUCCAAUAGGUUUGGUUCAACAUUCAAGAGUAUACCUCACCCAUGACGAUGAGUUUUGACACCACAAAAGCUAAUCUGUGGAAGCCCUUUUUCUCCCGGUCCUUCUCUCACCCCGGGCUGUCGAGUGUUCAAGUGAGUGUGCGAGAUUACCGUGUAAUCCUGCUUUAAGAGCCGAUCAGUGGUCACUCUUCAUUUACGUCUGAUGUUUUUUUUCGUAGCCUGAGGAGCUGGUGUAUUGGCGCAUGGAUAAAGCAGCAGCAGCAGACCUUCAGGACAGGUGAGUUUACACUGAGUCACUUUGAUUUUUUAACUGAACUUCCUCUUUAGAAGAAACAAACACAUUCUUCAUCACUUCUCUGCAGAAUUGAGAAAAUCCUCAAGGAGAAGAUCAUGGAGUGGCGUCCUCGUCACCCGACCCGCUGGAACCGCUAUUGCACCACCACCCUUAAACAGUUCCUGCCUAAACUGGAGCUAAGCAGGGGACAGGACGUAGCAGAGGGACACCGCCACGAGCUGCAAAGCCUUCUGGGAGACAACAGGGUAAGACUGAUGGUAAAAUUCUAUCAGUAAUCAUUAGUCUGGCAUAUUUUCACUGCCCUAAAAAAGUACACCUCUUUCUUCAGAUUUCAGGUUUCCCUUUGAAUCUGCCAUUCUCUGAGAUUCGACCAAUCGUAGAGGCCGUGUACAGCACCGGUGUGCACAACGUGCAUGCAUCAAAUGUUGAGUUUGCCCUGGCCGUGUACGUGCACCCCUACCCAAAUAACGUCCUGUCUGUGUGGGUAUACCUGGCCUCACUAGUGCGUACAUGA